GAGAUAUGAGUGAUACGACGUUCGUGCAUGUUUUUUUCUGUUAGUAUUUUUGUGCAUUUGUAGUAACUUAGUAACUUCAAAUCACAAUUAAAGAUAUAAGAUCUUUAAUUGUUUUUUGUGUUUUAUUCAUAUUCAUAUUGAAUUUGAGUCAAUCGGAUACUACAGUUAUGAGUUUAGUUGGAGCUGCUAGAUCUUUACUGCUUAUGGGCCGGUGUGCUCCGUCUGUCAAACAAAAUGCAUCAAAAAUUGUUGUUAAGAAAUUAGAAUUAGACCAAAACCUUUUAAUGUAUUUUCAUAAAGAUGAAGUGUACUAUGCUCAUGAUCCAGAAAAAAAAUGUAAGACUGGUGAUGUUGUGCUUAUCCAAGAAUUACCAGAAAAAUUAACAACACAUAUUACUCAUCAGGUGCUCGAAGUGGUGUAUCCUUUAGGUGAUGUUACAGAUCCUAUAACUAAUAAAAAAGUAGCAGCACUACGAUGUGGAACAGUUUGUUACAGAGAUGAUUUAGAAGACAUUGAUAAUCUUUAUGGUUUAACUGAAAAACGAUUCAAUUAUAAGAAUGCACCUAAAAGAGGUUGGCAAGAGGACAAAAAAGAUUUUAGUCACAAAAAUAGCUACAUCAAAUACCAUGAAUCUGGAGAAGAACAGCCAUAUUCUGUUCCAAGAUAAAUCUUUAUUUUAUAUGUGUAAGAUCGUUGUUUAUGUGUAGGAAACAUAGUUUAUUAAAAAUAUGAAGUAAUGGAUCAAUUUUUCAACAUUUUGUGUUGUGUUUAUUCUA